UCCAAAUGUGCUAUGCAGUUUCAGCCUAGUAUUCUAAUGCAUGGAGUGGAAUGUGAGCCUGUAAUACAGAAACAGGACUAUUUGAACUGUCGAGAAACCCUUCGGAUCCUUACAGGAAAUCUGCCUGAAAGUCUGCAGACUGGAAGAUUCCUGGAGCCUAGGUGUUGCCUCUGAGCCAUCCCAAGAGCGCCUUCCAUGUUUCAGGGAAUCCUGGAAUGGAUUUUAAACAUGCCUUGUGGGCACUCGGCGGCGGCCACAGCGCAGACCAGACCUCACUCGCUUGCAGCUCGCUCCGCGCCCUCUGCAACAAUGUCUGACAAGCCCACUUUGGCUGAGAUUGAGAAGUUCGAUAAAUUGAAAUUGAAGAAAACGGAAACGCAAGAGAAAAAUCCACUGCCUUCGAAAGAAACGAUUGAAUAGGAGAAGCAAGCAGGUGAGUCGUAAUGAAGCAUGCGCCGCCAGUAUGCACUGUACAUUCCACAAGCAUUGCCUUCUUAUUUUACUUCUUUUAGCUGUUUAACUUUGUAAGAUGCAAAGAGGUUGGAUCGAGUUUAAAUGACUGUCUACCCCUUUUCACAUCAAAGAAUGGAGAACUACUGA